CCACCCUCCCACCUAUCAUUAUUCUAAUCAGCAGCGGCAAAGCGGAGAGAGUGAGCAGCGAGGAAAGAAGGGGCAGGGCGCCGUCUCUCUUUGCAUCCAUCUCUUUUCCCUCCUACACAACACACCACAGCCCAACCAUGCGCUCCGGCCUCUCCUAGCUUUCCUCCCUUUCCUUGCUUAAUAAUUUGCUAAUCCUUCUGCUGCUCCUCCCCGGCCGCCUCUUCCUCCUUACUCUACUCCUCCCUUUGCUUUCGUUGCCACUGUUCCAUCUCGUAGGUUUCGUCCCUGGCCACUUCAGAGAUUUGUUACUAGAUAAGAUUGAGGCCAGCGAAAUAAAAAAGAUUUCGCAAGAAAAAGAAAGCGAGCGAGAGAAGAGCAGGGCUGGAGGGAAAGAAUAGCCUAGCUUCUAUCUUGUGAGGAUGGAUCCGGUCACAGCAUCCAUGCACGGCCACCAUCUUCCUCCACCGUUCAACACCCGUGACUUCCAUCACCAUCUCCAGCAGCAGCAGCAUCACCACCGGCUGCUGCUCAAGACCGAGGAUGACCAGGGCGGCGGCACGCCGGGGGUGUUCGGCGGCCGCGGCACCAAGCGCGACCACGAGGAUGACGAGAACAGCGGCAAUGGAAACGGAAGUGGCGGCGGCGGCGGCGAUGGAGGCGACCUGGAGCUGGUUCACCCUUCUGGUGGCGGGUUGGAGGGCGGUGAGAACACCCCACGCCGCCCGAAGGGCCGUUCAGCGGGGUCCAAGAACAAGCCGAAGCCGCCGAUCAUCAUCACGAGGGACAGUGCUAACACGCUCCGGACGCACGUCAUGGAGGUGGCCGGCGGCUGCGACGUCUCCGAGAGCAUCACGGCGUUCGCGCGCCGCCGGCAGCGCGGGGUCUGCGUGCUCAGCGGCGCUGGCACCGUGGCGAACGUCACCCUGCGGCAGCCGGCCUCUCAAAGCGCAGUGGUCGCCCUCCAUGGCCGCUUUGAGAUCCUCUCGCUCUCCGGCUCCUUUCUCCCGCCGCCCGCUCCGCCAGAAGCCACUGGGCUCACCGUCUACCUUGCCGGCGGUCAGGGGCAGGUGGUAGGCGGCAGCGUCGUCGGCGCCCUGACAGCAGCUGGGCCGGUGGUGAUAAUGGCAGCCUCUUUCGCGAACGCGGUGUACGAGCGGCUGCCAUUGGAGGACGACGACCUGCUCGCUGCCCAAGGACAAGCCGACAGCGCCGGGAUUCUCGCUGGUGCGCAGCAAGCCGCACAGCUUGCCGGCUCUGUCGACCCAAGCCUCUUCCAGGGACUGCCACCGAACCUUCUCGGCAACGUGCAGAUGCCACCGGAAGCCGCCUACGGAUGGAACCCGGGCGCGGCCGGUGGUCGUCCAGCGCCCUUCUAAUCGAAGCCGCGCGUUGCUUAGAAGGUUAAGUGAUUUAGCUUUCUUCAGUCUUCACUUGGAGUGGAAUCGUGGAGGAAUUCCGUGGGAAUUAUGCAUAUGAUUUCGGAUGUUAAUUAGUAAUUUCUCUUAAGGAUUGUUUCGGAAUAUGUAGCUCGAUCUCUAUCGUUUAUUUUGGCUAUUUCUUGUGUCAUAACUGAUCUUGCUGUUGACUUGAUGAGAGGCUUGUACCUUAUAAUGAUCUUUCUUAUUUUCA